AUGCGGUUCACAAACGGAAUAAUUAUAUUUUUUGUGAUAGCCACUGUCGACGAAGUACUUUCAAAAUUGUUUGACCACGCGGAUAAAGAAGGUACAGAUACCAAAGGAUGUAAUAUCGUUUAUCAAAAUCAUACCAUGAGUGAAAAUAUAUGCAGUGAUAAGUUUGACAGUGUUCAAAUAGCCAACUUCAUAAAUGAUCCCUUAAUGAAAGUCGAAUUAAUAAAAAUAUCGAAGACAGAUGCACGGCGUAUAAAAGCAGGCACAUUUCCAGCUAGUAACACAUUGCGCCAGUUAUAUUUGCCUGAGAACAACAUUUCCAUCAUCGAUGAUGACGCCUUUGACUUUAUGAGUGCAUUGACUCAUCUUUACUUAAACAACAACAAAUUGAAAAGCUUCAACGCCUACAUUAUAACUGCAGGUUUUAAUAUCAAAUACUUGGAUUUGGGAUAUAAUUCUUUCGAAGGAAUGAUGGAUACUGCGUUAUAUAAUUUGAAAAGCCUUACGUACUUAAAUCUUGACGGAAAUAAGUUUAAAAACAUCAGUAUGGGUAAGUUAAUAAAUAACGUGGAAUCUGUCAAAGAGGUAUCGAUGGCUAAGAACUUACUUACACGGAUCACGAACGAGUUCUUCGAUCCACUGAUUAAUUUAGAAGUUUUGAACUUGGCCUUCAACAAAAUCAGUUAUAUUGGUGGCGCUUUUCUCUUUAUGGAGAACCUGAAAACGCUCAUUUUAAGUCACAAUUACCUAACACGAUUCGACAAAUUCGAUAUUCCACUUAAGCGCCCAAGCCUUCUGAAAAAUCUCGCUAUUGAUUACAAUCAACUUAUGUUCCUGAGCUGGGAGGUGCUGGACGCUAUGCCCCUUUUAAGUAAAAUUGCCAUAUAUGGAAAUCAGUGGUAUUGCAUCUGCAUAUAUGACCACCGUAGAGACUUUGCGAAUCGCUUUAUAAAACCUAUAAAAGAAGUAUGCAACGUACGCGGUGGUAAUGGCGAAUAUUGUGUAGAUGCUGACACGGAGUCGUGCACUCGUUAUGACUCCGCUUUGGCCGCUUCGGCUUUAAAUUACGAUAGAGAUCAUCCUUUAGUUUAUAUACCAAAUAUCACUUAUAAUUGUGUUUUAGAUGAAUUUUAA